AUGACCUCCCGAGACGGAUACCAGUGGACACCCGAGACAGGGCUCACGCAGGGCGUCCCCUCUCUAGGAGUCAUCUCCCCGCCCACUAAUAUCGAAGACACGGACAAAGAUGGUCCAUGGGACGUGAUUGUCAUUGGUGGAGGGUACUGCGGGUUGACUGCCACUAGGGACUUGACUGUAGCAGGCUUCAAAACCCUUCUCCUCGAAGCCCGAGACCGCAUAGGCGGCCGCUCCUGGUCCUCUAACAUCGACGGCUAUCCUUACGAGAUGGGCGGCACAUGGGUCCACUGGCACCAAUCGCACGUAUGGCGCGAAAUCACGCGCUACAAGAUGCACAACGCCCUAUCACCCUCCUUCAACUUCUCCCGCGGCGUGAAUCACUUCCAGCUACGGACCAACCCCACCACAUCAACCUACAUGACUCACGAAGCCGAGGACGAGCUCCUCCGCUCCGCAUUGCACAAGUUCACCAACGUGGAUGGCACCAACGGCCGUACUGUCCUGCCCUUCCCGCAUGACAUGUUCUAUGUUCCUGAGUUCAGGAAGUAUGAUGAGAUGUCAUACUCGGAGCGGAUUGAUCAAAUCCGGGAUGAGUUGAGCCUUAAUGAACGGAGUUCUCUGGAAGCGUUUAUAUUGCUUUGCUCUGGCGGAACGCUGGAGAAUAGCUCAUUUGGAGAAUUCCUGCAUUGGUGGGCGAUGAGCGGAUAUACGUAUCAGGGAUGCAUGGACUGCUUGAUAAGUUAUAAGUUCAAGGAUGGGCAGUCUGCAUUUGCGAGGAGGUUUUGGGAGGAGGCGGCCGGGACGGGGAGGUUGGGGUAUGUGUUUGGGUGUCCGGUUAGGAGUGUUGUUAAUGAGAGAGAUGCGGUGAGAGUGACGGCGAGGGAUGGGAGGGAGUUCGUUGCGAAGCGGGUGGUUUGCACUAUUCCCCUCAAUGUCUUGUCCACGAUCCAGUUCUCACCUGCGCUGUCGACGGAGAGGAUCUCUGCUAUGCAGGCAGGUCAUGUGAAUAUGUGCACGAAGGUGCAUGCCGAAGUGGACAAUAAGGAUAUGCGGUCGUGGACGGGCAUUGCGUACCCUUUCAAUAAACUGUGCUAUGCUAUUGGUGAUGGGACGACUCCCGCGGGAAACACGCAUCUGGUGUGUUUCGGGACGGAUGCGAAUCAUAUCCAGCCGGAUGAGGACGUGCGGGAGACGUUGAAGGCGGUUGGGCAGUUAGCGCCUGGGACAUUUGGAGUGAAGCGGUUGGUGUUUCACAAUUGGGUGAAGGAUGAGUUUGCGAAGGGCGCGUGGUUCUUCUCUAGGCCUGGGAUGGUGAGUGAGUGUUUGCAGGGGUUGAGGGAGAAGCAUGGGGGUGUGGUGUUUGCGAAUUCAGAUUGGGCGUUGGGGUGGAGGAGCUUUAUUGAUGGGGCGAUUGAGGAGGGGACGAGAGCUGCUAGGGUGGUGUUGGAGGAAUUGGGAACGAAGAGGGAGGUGAAGGCUCGUUUGUGA